AUGGGCUCUGAUAAGAAAAAGGAGCCUUUUUGGCUUGGUCGCAUGCAAGUCCUCAAGAGCAAUGCCUCCAUGCUCAACGUCCUAUACCGCUUCGCCGCACGAGAUGGCAUCCCAUCGCUCUGGACCGGCUUAUCAGCUUCCAUCCUCCGCCAAGGAACAUACUCAACCGCCCGUUUCGGCUUUCACACUUACUUCUCAGAUAAACUGAGAGGAUACACAGGCAAGAAGCUAUCAGUCGCGCAGAACAUCGCUUGCGCUGGUGUAGCUGGCGGUGUAGCUGGUCUAGUCGGCAACCCAGCUGAAGUUGUUCUCGUGCGUAUGUGUGCGGAUGGCGCAAAGGCUCCUGCGCAGCAGUUCGGAUAUGCUCAUGCUUUUGAUGCGCUGGCGAGGGUUUUUAGUGAGGAGGGGAUGAGGGCGUUUUGGAAGGGGAUUGCGCCGAACAUUGCGAGGAGUGCUUUGAUGAGUGUAGAUGUUUCUCAGAUUGCUACAUACGCCUCCGCCAAACAAUACCUCGUCAGCAACGGUUUCGGAGAUGAUACAAAAACACAUGCUAUUUCCUCUUUAGCUGCUGGAACAAUGGCGACGACUCUAUGUGCUCCUGCAGACGUUCUCAAGAGUCGAAUGCAAUCUAGCGCCGGAAAAGAAGGCCUCGCUCAAGUUUUAGGCACGGGUCUUCGCGAAGAAGGCCCACGAUUUCUUAUGAGGGGCUGGACACCCGCUUGGUUAAGACUUACACCGCAUACUGUUUUGACUUUUGUCUUUAUGGAGAAACUUCGACAGCUUACUUCGAUAGAUUGGCUAGGUGGAAUUAGUGCAGCUGAGAAGGAAACUCUGCGUUGA